UAUCUUGACAGCAAUCAAGUUUCACACGCUUCACAAAGCCGAUUAUCUUCUCUGGCAAUUUUCGCUCUCUACAAUUCUGAGAAAUUCAUGGGUGAGGACGGGAGUUGGUCGCUGCUCGGCCACCUGAAAAGGACGGUGAAGAAGAUACGCUUCCUUCUGAGCUUCGACGUCGGCCGGCUGCACCUAUCGUCGAUAUUGGGCGGCGUCGCCCGGCACAAACCGCGCCGCCGGCUGAGCUUCGACGACCGCAAGGAGGGUUUGAGGGUGUGUACGGAGGAAGACGACGAAGAGCGCGACGGCUCAGUGCGGCAGCGCCGUCUUGAACGGGCCAGGAGCUACGCUUCCGCCGGCGGAUCUUCUUUUUCCUCGUCGGACGGAGAUGUCGAUCGGAAGGCGGAUAUGUUCAUAGCUAAUUUCUACCGGCAGCUGCGGCUGGAGAGGCAGAUAUCUUUGGAGCUACGGUACUACCGCCGGGGGAAUAGCUUUGAGAGUAGCGAUGAAUCGGCUUCAUCUUCUUCCAUUCGUGAUCGAUGAACUUCUUAAAAUUAAUUGGUCAGUGUUUUGUUUUUCUUUUUGAUUUUUAAGUGUGAAGUUUUGUAAAAGGAGAUUAUAUAUAUGAAGGUGGAGAGAUUGAAGACAGGAUUCUUUUAUUUAUUUGUUUGUUAAUUUAUUUUCACGAGUAAAAAUGAACUUGAUUAAUUACUUUAUUUAGUAAUAUAAUUUCGAUUGUUGUA